UACACAAUUAAUGAUGCCAGUGAAAUUUGUGCUUUUUAUUUAGGUGUAUGCGACAGUUGCAGAUUUAUAAAUGGUGUAGGAUACAACAAUCAUCCAUAUGACUGCAAUCAGUUUGUCCAAUGUUUUAAAGGAAAUAGAGGCUUGGAACCAGCCUAUCGGAAGUGUCCAUUUGGUUUGUUUUGGGAUCAGAACGCUCUAACAUGCAAACCAUCGCAUGAAGUGGACUGCCCAAAUGAUCAGUGCAAAAAUCCUUUAGUUCAGUCUUAUCAGCACAAAGAUCCAAACAAAUGCUGUGCCUACUGGAAAUGCAAGAAUGGGCGUGCAUAUGGAGAGUGUUGUAGUGAGGGCUCGUCAUUUAGCCGCCUUCAAAACCAAUGUGUUCCUGACACCGAAUGUUUAGAUACUUGUCCCUUCCAGGAUGAAAUACCAGUUUGUGAUAAGAGACCGACUGGGAAAGACACAAUGUUCGAGCAGCAUAUAGGCAACAAUCAUUGGGUCACUAUGCAUUGUGCUCCAGGUACAGCAUUUAAUCCUGUGGAUUGCAAAUGUUCACUUUUCAUCAUGAACGUACCCGGAAGAAAUAGACAACAACUGUGCAAACCUGAGAUAUUCCUCCCUUUUACAAAUAGCUUUCAAGAUCGGUCUGGAAAAAAUGUUUUCGUGAAACCAGAAAACGUGACAAUACAUAGAGGGGCAGCUCUUUUCAACGGGAAUUCCCGAAUCAUAAUAAAUCGCUUUGCUAACACGGAAUUUUACGGCGAUCUUGUGAUCAAGUUCCGUUAUAAUGAGUUUAAACGUGGUUCAUAUUUCAACAAGUUACAAGCUCUCGUUACCAAUGGUGAUUGUGGUUCAGAUCCUUCUAUUAUUAUAGCUAAGAUGCCCGGCUAUGUUUUACUUGGAGCAAAGACAGAUACAUCGAGGAGCUUUGCAUUGCCCACCCUGGAUAAAGAUUGGAAGGAGGUCAUUUACAUACAUAAUAUGAAAAAGUUAGAGGGUAGAGUUUGUGGUGCCUCGCGAGCGAGAUGGUCGUACGGACCUAUACAAGCAAAUCAUUGCGCCUUACAAGUUGGCUAUGGCAGUGGACUACAGUCAUAUGUUGGACUGAUAGAUGAUUUGUACGUGUACCAGUGCCGUCCACGAAACGGAGAACUGAACAUUGGCUACUAGAUACAGUCAUCAGUGCCGUCCACGAAACAGUAGCUACAUGUAACUGUAUUGCUGUGAUAUCUAAUCGAAACAUGUCAAUUUUACAUUAUGUAUUCAAACAAAAAGUGCAGUUUAUUUCGCAGGAAUUUAUUUUCGAAAUACAUAUUAAUUCCAUGUUUUGGUGAAUACUAUCAAGUGUCUACAUUAAAUGAGACGAUAAACCAGCAACAAGUCGGAUAUUUCAAUGUUACAUUCAUCAUCUACGGAAAGCCAAAACAAUAUUUAAUCUUUAUGUGACCAUUUAUCUACUUGCAUUUAUUUAUUUAUUUGUUUAUUUAUUUCAUAGAUAUUCAUUAUUUCAUUCAUGUCAUUUUGAGUCGAAAUGUAUUUCCAACUGGGAAGAACAUCUGCUCUUGUUUCCAUUGUAAAUUGGACAUAUGUUAGGUAUUUUUACACAAGUCAAAUGUAUAGAAAAUGUCCUAUUAAAACGCUGUUGUUAUUUUU